CGCUUCGUAGCCCAGCUAAUUUCAAAAUCUUCCCCCUUCCGAGUUCCUCCGUCGGCGAUUUUUCUCUCCGGUGCCUCCGUCGUCUUGUUCCCGUUGAACGUUUACCGUUAGCGCGUACCUCAGAUUCAACUUCAAAUCGAUUCAACCGUUGAUUGUCAAGAGGAAUACUGAACAGAUUUUGCCAUGUCUGCAUCUGCUAAAAGAAGUUCUACAGAUACUCAGGAGAAAGAUCUAAUGCUCGACAAAGACAUGGAAAAGGACACAUGGAACUUUAAGUCAAUGACGGAUGAUGAUCCUAUGGAUUUUGGCUUUGACUCGCCAGCAAAAAAUAAGAAGAAUGCCUUCAAGCUGGAUAUGGGUUUCGAUCUAGGUGGAGAUUUUGGAAAUCUAUCAUCAUUCAAAAUGGACAUGCCAGACUUUGAUUUCUCAAGCCCAGCCAAGAAAACCACAAAAACGAAAGAAAGCUCUGAUGAUAAAUCUAGUGAAAAUUCAAAACAGAAAAAGAAUCCAUUUGCCUUCUCUUAUGAUUUUAAUGCGUUAGACGACUUUGAUCUUGGUUCAAGCCCACCACUGAAGAAGGGAAACAAGACUAUGAGCACGAACAUGGAUUGUGAAGAAAUUUCUGCAAAAAGAAAGAUUGAUAAGUCAGACGAUUUGGACUUUGAUCUAGACUUAUCAAUAACCAGACAAGCUCCCUCCAAGGCAAAGACAGAUGUUCAGGUAAAAGCUUCAGCUGAAAAAGAGAACCAAGGUUCCAAGACUACAGCUACUAUGGUUGUUGAUAGUAGCACACACUCUGAUCAAGCUACAUUAGAGAGCAUGGAAAAUUUGGAGGCGGUGGAAUCACCUCAAGGUCCAAGUUUAAAAACCUCAACAACUCAUACAAUGCCUGUGCAACCUCAAUCCAUAAACACUUCACCGUUGAAGACAUCAUGUUCAAUGGUUGAAGAAAAGGAUGAACCACGUCCUUUAAAUGAAACCGCAGCACCCUCGCCAUUACAUGCUUCUGAGACUGCACAUACUGCAGUAAGCAGAGGAACCAGUCCAGGUAUCCAUGAAAUCUACAGGCCUGGCACAAAAGAAGACUGCGCUAAAGAUCUAGAACAGAAUGCCAAUAAUAAAAUGAUUUCCACCAUGGAUUCAAGUUAUGAGAAGACUGAACAAACUUCAGCAAACAUCUCAUCUCAGCUUUGUUCAGACAAGAUAGAACAUCAACAGGAAGAAAUGAGUACACAUACUCAGGCAGAAAUACCGGAUCACACAAAUGGAACACUCUGUGAUCCAGAUCGUAGACGUUCUCUAACAACUUUCUCAGGAAAUAUACCACCAGGCACUCGUCCAAACCAAAAUGCCCAGGUAGAAGAUUUGAGUGGAAAGCUACCUCUGGAUCCAUCCCACAGUGAGCUAGGGAUCAAUAAUUUGAGGGCCAUGCAAAACAAAGACUCCGGACUUAUCAGAUCCAAGUUCUUUAAGAAGCCAGAAAAACCACAAUCUCAUGUGCUGGAGUCCUCUUCAAUUCAAUCAGAGAUUCAGCCAGUUGGCCGAGAAAGGAUUGGAUCGAACUUGAUCCCUUCAAAUGAUAGGAGACAUGAUACUAAAGAUGCGUUACCUGGAUCCAAAACUAGAUCAUGUCCGAUUGAGCUUGUCAACACAGAUUCCGAAAAGAAUGCAGCAAAUCCUAAUCCGACCAGCAGUUCCUAUGAAAAGAAAAUCCAUAAGGACCAUUCAAAUUCCAAGACUGUAGAAAAUGUAGCUGGGCAGAUGGAUCAUUUAAAGCUGCAAGCCAAAAAUACAACUAGAGAGAAGUCCAUCUUGCAGAUCAAUAUAAGCUCAAAACUUGAUGCUUCCAGCUUGACUCAGAAGCUAAGCAAACAUUUGAGUUCUGGAGCCGAAUCUUUGCAGAAGUCCAAGAUUGUAUCUCUCGAAAGGCCUAAACUUGGAAAUAUUAUAUCUGAUCUUCGUGCAGUGAAAACUCAAAGGACAAUUGGAGUAAAUAAAGACCAAACGAGUUCUGCGGUGCAACCAGAAGUUGGCUCUUCCAUAAACAAGGAAAGAAUUACUGAAGCGCCAGUUGAAAAAAGCUCUGAGAUUCAACAUUUGGCUCCUAGGGACAAAACACAAAUCCUGCACUGUCCAUCUUCUUUAAAGCGGAAAGCUGAUGAGGAUGCAGAUAGGUCAUGGAAGCCACAACUUAAACGUUUUUCCAUGUCUCCAAGAGAAAACAGGAACGUUGAGGAGCUCACACAUAGAGCUGUGCAAGGAAAGUUCUCAAGCCAAGAGAGUAGAAUAGAUAAUAAUACAACCAAAGAGCUUGUCAAGGAAAGUCCACGGACUAAGUCUCAUUACCAGAACAUAAACAUGGCAAAUCUGGAGAUCCCAAUCACGGAGAAUGCUGAUAACAUAGAAAAAGCUGAAGCAUACACAAAAGAACUCGACAAUAUCUGCAACAUUCUGAAGAAGAAACAUGAGGAAGCGAAAGAGUUACUUGUCCGUGCUGUAGUAAACAACAAUAAGCUGCUGAUGCUCAACCAUCCUUUAUAUGAAGACAAGAUUCGUCUGGUCCAGAAGUUUGCAGCCAAGUUGACUAUAUAAGGGACACAUAAUGAACACUCAAACAACUGUUGCUAAAAGGUUCAGUGGAUUUACACUAACACGUCCAAACGUACAGAAAGGUUGACGUGAUAUUAGUCCAAGGUAACUCAACCCUCUUUUCUCAUUUUGCUGGAUAAUAAAGAAAAACACCGUUAAAUUGCG